GUGAUGAUAAACAUGAGAUUAAAUUAUUAAAACAUCAAAUAUAUGAAAAAAAUAUCAUAAUUCAAGAUUUAAAUAAAAAAUUAUCAAAACUUGAUCAAAUAUUAACAAAUCUUGAUAUAUUUUUUUCAUAUCAAGAAGAUAUUGAUAUCAAAUUAGAUAAAAUCAUUGAAUAUCGUGAAUAU